CAGAGAGAUCCGCACAUAUCAUUAAUCACGUCCUUUCACUGACCUAGCUUAGCUGGGCAGCUGCACUCUCCCCUUCCCUCCCUUCAGGGAGCUCUUCUUCAGGAACCUCAUCUUCCGUUUGGUCAUGCCCUUCGGCAUUUGCAGCUGGCCCAUCUGGCUGCCAACCUCGCUGUCAAGCCCCUCCUCAAUGUCGUCACCAUCAGCAUCCUCCCCUCGCCCAAGGCCGAGCUGCUCCCGCUCCUUCACAAUGGCCAGCAGCCCAUCGUCGUCAUCACCUUCAUUGUCAGCCACAUCUCUCCCGCCAUCCUCCCCCUCUGCCAAGCCCCUCCACCCCGACUCCGCUGAUGGCGGCAUCUCCACAUGUCUCAGCUUGCCGGUGCAGAAGUGCUGCACCACCAUCCUUGCCGUUCGGAAGAGGUCCGGCUGCCCGCCUUUGCCCCCACUGUGGUACCCUCGCACGUGGGCCAGCGCCGUCAGGAAGGUCUGCGCGUCCACCCUGCCGGUGCGCAGAAAUGAGCGCUGAAGGGCAUCGAGCAUGGGCUGAUGCGCGGCCAGGUGCCGCCCUCCCUGCUGCUGGUGUGUGUCGCUGCUGUCUUGGUCGCGUGUUGGGAGGGCUUCCGGUAGGUAAGUAGCGAGCAGCUCGGGCGUGAUCUUGUCGCAGACCAGCUGGACGGGGGGGAGAAAGUCGCCCCUGAUGCAUACAUAAGGGACAGCCAGAAAGAAACGCAUCUGCACUAGGUAGAUACUCUCUUGUGCCAGGAGGUGGAUCUACCUGAGCGAUUCGACAGGAAGCACCCCGUUUAUGACCAAAGCGGCCUUCGACGCGACGAUCGACGGAAAGACCAAACCUGCACACCGCACAUAUUCAAUGCAACACAUCCAUCCAUUCUGCACGUAUCAGGGAAUGCACACACCACACUGGUUUGUGCACUUUGUCUGAUGUGACCCUACAUUACCUGGGCAGUCGCAGAUGAUGAUCUGGUAAGCGGGCAGGUGGAAGGUCUGGAAGUGCUUGGUCUUGCCGGGGGUGCGGCUGACCGCCACCCUCUUGGCCUUCACAAGCGCAUUGAUGAGGCUGCUCUUGCCCACGUUCGGGUAGCCCACCAUGCCCACCGUGUACAUCUCCUCUUCUGCAGCACCGCCCUCCCUCCCUCCCAUGUCCUCCUUCCUCAGCCCUGCCACCCAGGUUUUGAGGUACUGCAGCAGCUGCUCGCAGCUGAGGACGUCGGUGCCAUCCCCGACGUAUACCUCGUCCUCCAGGUUGCCGUAGCCCGUGUUGAUGUCGAGAUCCAGGUCGGCCAAGAACUGGUCGGACGGGGCGAGGGGCUGGGGGUGGUUGGAGGGGCCCGCACCAGGCGAUGGGGAUGACGAUGGAUGGUGGAGGCGCGCGGGGUCGUCCUUGACGGAGAGGCCGGAGCGGCGUAGCUCACGCAAGGCCGAGAAGAAGAUCACCGGCACGCCCUGACCAAGGCAGAGAGGUUGGGUGCGUCCGAAUGUGUGUGACACGCAUGUGUGAGUGUCAGAUACCCACCUGCUUUUGGAAGUAGUGGACCCACUGUCUCCUGAUGUCCCUGGAGAGGAAGUCGGCCUUGUUGAGCACCAGCAGGGAGUGCUUGCCGGUGUUCAUCUCCUUGACGUACUUCUCCAGGUCCCCACACCGGUAGAACAGGGGGUGCCUGGCGUCGCAUAUCUGGAGGACGAUGCGGCUCCGCUCAAUGACCCGCCACAGCUGCCGCCACACCUCGAUGUUCUUCUCAUACGGCGUCAUCACCUGGCCCUGCGCCUCCUCAAUGUGCGCCAGACGACGCCGCCAGGAGAGGAAACUCUGCUGCUCGAGACGGUCGAGCUCCGCCGCACUGAUGCCGCCAGACCCCUCCUUUGGGCCCUUGCUGUCCUUCCUGCGUCUGGGAGUGUGCCGAGACUGUGGGUAUCGUGGUCCUGGGGCUGGGUAGGGGGGUUGAGCUGGCUGAGAAGGGGGCGAGGAUGCGGUCGCCACUUGAUCUUUUGCCGCGUUGGUGGGACUAUCAGCAGCCGCAUCAGCAUCCUCCGAUGGCUCGUCGUCCUCGCUCUCGUCCUCAUCAUGCGCAUCCUCACCCUCCUCACCUUCUGAUGCGCCGUCGAGGCCCUCGUCGCCGCCGAGAUCUCCGCCAUCGAUGUCAGACUCAUCGACAUACUCAUCAUCGAACACAUCGUCAUCCUCACGGUCGUCACCGUUGGCAUGUGGCGCAGGCAAGGGCUCAGCAGCAGCUGCUUGGCUGUCGGGAGGGGGGUGGUCGGCCGCGUCACUCGCUUGCUGCUGAUGCCUCUUGAGGAAGUUCAUGGGCCGUCUUGGUAUUGGCACACUGAUCUCGCUGACGCCGCCAUACAGCCGUCCCUUUGGCGCCGCCCUGGGGUGCUGCUGCGGGUGGUCUAACGACACGACCAUGGUGCUGCGGUGCACCUCCACCUCAUGCUCCUCCUUCUGCGCCAGCACCGACUCUAGGUACUCAUCUAAUGCAUUCCGCUCGAUGAUGGACUUGAGGUUCUUGGUGCCGCCAGUGGCUGAUGUGCUGUGGAGAUUGAGGUCAAGGCUGUGCUUGCCAGCGGCACGGCUAUCGAUGGCUCGGCGCUCCUUGUCGCGAACAAGCGCUUUGCCGAGUGCGCCGCUCGAACCACUCUUCUUUCCUUGAGGCUUCGGCAUGGUGGGGACGCCGUCGGAUCUAUGCUGCCUUUCCUUGCCCCCCG